AUGGUCAAGUUCAGCCACAGUUUGCAGUUCAACACUGGUAUGUCACCCCAACACAUGCCCUCCCCUAAAUUGCUUGUGUCCCUCUCUUUCAUUCGCCUUGGAGAACUUUCACCCAACUCACAAAUCGAGCUGUUUUUGGACGGAAUGGAGGAGAUGGACAUUCCUGACUGGGCAAACGAAUACAUUGCAUACUCCAACCUCAAGAAGACCCUCUACGCCAUCGAGAAAUACAAUGUCCAGGCCACCAUCGGAGGCAGCACCCCCCGACGGAAACUUCACCCAUCUGACAUGGAGCAAGGUUUCGCCGGAGACGUUGACUCACUGUCCGAGAAACAGACUGCAGCUAAUGUCAACAACAACUUUACCCGUUUCCUCGGACUGAAGGGCCAGGGCGCCAAGGAUGCCGCUGUCGUCGCUGCCGCCGCCGCCGUCGCUGCUGGUCUGCAUAAUGGAAGUGAUAUCUUCCCACCUGAGAGUGCCGCCUUUGAACACGGACUCUCCAAGGAGCUCGCCAAGAUUACUACUUUCUAUAUUCGCAAGGAGCGUGAGCUGUCGACUGAGCUCGAGGCCGUCGAUCGUCAGUGGCAGUUGGAGGAGAAGAAGCAAAAGAAGGAGGGUGAGAGCGACGAGGCAUACCAGCAGAACGAGGUUGACGAGUCCAAUUUGACGGAGGCCGAGAAGGUACAGUUGAAGGAAAAGAUGGGCUGGGACCGCGAUGGUCUCGUCGACCAGGGCAGCAGUGUUGGAGGAGGAAAUCGCGCCAAGACCAACGACAACCCCACCACUGUCAACGGUUCGACUGUCGAUGAUGGAUCCGUCCAGGGCCAGAGCAGACGUAACCCACCUGGCCCCAUGAGUGUUGGCGAGACUGCCAUUGCCAUGUCGGAGGUUGAUGGCAGCGAGUACAACCCCAAGUCUCAAGGCAGGAGCUCGGUAGGCGACUUGACGGAGAUUGUCUGGAGACGCGAGUGUCUGAUCGAGUCGGACGACGAGGAGAAGAAGGGCAAGCAGUCCAAGUCGAGCAUCGAACUCCCCCAGUCCCAGGUCCAGGUCCAAACCCAGCCCCAACAGGCCUCUACCUCUCAGUUGGCCCCCAAGAGCUCAAUGAACGCCGGCCGGUCCCUUUCGGCCAUGCGUGACUUUGUUACUGGUCACCACGCCAACCCUAACCUCAAGCCCUCGACCUACACUCCUUUGACCACCGAGGCUCUUCUUCGUCGUCGUCUCAUUGACACCUACAUGCUGCUUUCGGAGCUCAAGUCGUAUGUCGCCCUUAACUAUCUCGGCUUCCAAAAGAUUGUCAAGAAGCACGACAAGCUUGCUCGCUGCACCACCCAAGGCCGCUAUAUGUCGACCGUCGUCGACCUUUCUGCCCCUUUCCAGGCCGAGUCUCGCCAGCAGUUGGAUGCCCAGAUCCUCCGUCUCCAGGCCAUCUAUGCCCGCACCUGCACCAACGGAAGCAUGGCCCUUGCUGCCAAGGAGCUCCGCACCCACUUGCGCGAGUACAUUGUCUGGGAGCGCAACACUGUCUGGAGAGAUAUGGUCGGUCAGGAACGCAAGGCCGAGGGAGCUCGUGCUGUCGAACUCCAGGAGCAAGAGCCCUGGAUGUUUUUCAACACUCCCAUCCGCUUUAUCAGCGCUUCUGAUGCCCGUCACAUCCUGCUUGGACUCUUUGGCUGUGUCAUCUUUGCUAUUUUGAUGUCGGUCUCGCUCUUUGACACUCAGGAGCAGAACCGCUGCUUUGCCAUCUUGAUCACAGUUGCCUUUUUGUGGGCGACUGAAGUCUUCCCUCUGUUCGCCACUGCUCUCUUGGUCCCCCUCUUGACGGUCCUCUGCCAGGUCAUGCGCGAUCCUACCACCAAGGAGACGCUUACUACGUCUGCUGCGACCAAGUUGGUCUUUUCCUCCAUGUUCUCGCCCACCAUCAUGUUGUUGCUCGGUGGCUUCACCAUUGCUUCUGCCCUCUCCAAGUAUGGCAUUGCCAAGGCCAUUGCCUCGAUUGUCCUCAGCAAGGCUGGUACCGAUCCCAAGUGGGUCCUCCUCGCCAACAUGUUUGUCGCCACCAUCGCUUCCAUGUUCAUCAGUAACGUCGCCGCCCCCGUCCUCUGCUUCUCCCUCAUUCAGUCGAUUUUGAGGACGUUGCCACACAAGUCAUCGUUUGGUCCGUGCUUGAUUAUGGGCAUUGCUCUCGCAGCCAACGUGGGCGGUAUGGCCUCACCCAUCUCGUCCCCCCAAAACAUCAUCACCGUCCAGAACAUGUCCCCCGCCCCCUCCUGGGGCAACUGGUUCGCCGUUUCCUUGCCCCUUUGCCUGAUCAUUGAUCUGAUCAUCUGGGCCUGGUUGAUGCUCCUCUGGCGCCCUCAACGCGACACCCCCUCGGUCCCCUCGAUCCGCGCCACUCAAGAACCCAUCACCUUCCAAAAGGUCUUCAUCUGCUUUGUCACCGUCGCAACAAUCAUCCUCUGGUGUAUCGAAAACACAUUCCAGGAGCAACUCGGUGACAUGGGUAUCAUUGCCAUCCUGCCCCUCAUUGCCUUUUUCGGAACCGGACUCCUCACCAAGGAGGAUUUCAACAACUUCCUCUGGACCGUCAUCGUGUUGGCUAUGGGUGGUGUCGCUCUUGGAAAGGCUGUCGAUUCCUCGGGACUCUUGGACACAAUUGCCCACAAGAUCCAGGAGGCUGUUGCUGAUCUGUCGAUGUGGGUUGUGCUGGUCAUCUUUUCCUGCCUCACCCUAGUCUUUGCCACCUUUGUCUCACAUACCGUCGCCGCUGUUAUUAUUCUGCCAAUCGUCCAGCAGGUCGGCAUGUCCUUUGCUGACCCCCAUCCCCGCGUCUUGGUUAUGGGUACCGGUCUUAUCUGCAGUGCCGCCAUGGGCUUGCCCGUGUCAGGAUUCCCCAAUAUCAAUGCCAUCGCUUUGACGGAUUCCAUGGGCAAACCCUAUCUGACCACCAUGGACUUCGUUAAAACCGGCGUUCCUCUGUCUGUCAUAGCAGCUGUUUGCGUCGUGACCAUUGGAUACGGCAUCAUGCUUGCUAUGGGCUACUAA